CAUGGUUCACCGUUGUCUCAUGGUUUAUCCACUCUACAUGCUUCUUUGUUCUUGGCCUCAUUCUCCCCGCGCUCCCAAGAAAUGGCGCUAAGCUUCCGCCCUCCCAUUCGGUUGUCCUUCUCGCGGCCCGCUUGCUGUCGCCGACUGCCCCAUCGGACCUUCGCAGCCUCCUCGCAGAACCAGAUCACCCCAUCCUCCAUCGAUACAAGCAAGCUCAUAUCAGAAGUCAAAAGAAUACUUGAGAGGGAGCAUCUGAGCCUGCCCAUAGGCAAAAAUGGAAGAGAUGAUGAAGAUAUGAUCCUUUGGUUUUUGAAAGACAGAAAAUUUUCUGUUGAGGAGGCUGUUGCAAAAUUAACUAAAGCUAUUAAAUGGCGUGAGGACUUUGGUGUGUCAAUGCUGUCAGAAGACUCUGUGAAGAGCUUAUAUAAUACCAGGAAAGCUUAUGUUCAUGACUUUCUGGAUGUCAAAGGCAGACCUGUGCUUGUUGUUGUGGCAUCUAAGCAUUUUCCAGAGAAGCAGGAUGCCAAUGAGAAUGAGCGGCUUUGUGUUUACUUGAUUGAGAAAGCAUUGAGCAAAUGUUCUCCUGGAACUGAAGAUAUUCUUGGAAUAUUUGAUUUAAGAGGGUUUAGUACAGACAACAGCGACUUCUUUUUUUUAAAGUUCCUGAUUGAUGUGUUCUACUAUUACUACCCAAAGCGGCUUGGACAAGUUCUUUUUGUGGAUGCUCCAUUUGUGUUUCAGCCACUCUGGCAGCUUGUUAGGCCAUUGUUGAAAUCAUAUGCCUCCCUGGUGAGGUUUUGUGAUGCAAAGACAGUGAGGGAGGAAUUUUUCACAGAAGACACUGUUCCUGAUGCCUUCAAAGGUUAACUGAACCUAUUUCUUUACAAAGAAAUCUCAACUACCUUAUUUUGGCCAUUCAUACAGAUAUGCUCCUGCAAAAUUCUUGUAUAACUGUUUCUGUUAUGGAAAUUUAUUGCAGCAGCAACCACGAAUAUACAAAAGAUGCAUUAUCAUAUCAUAUAA